GCGACUUCGUCCAAUUCUCCAAGAUUCCGAUGUCACUGCAUGCUGCACGGAUCGACCCGACCGGACCGGCUUACACGUCGUCUUCUUGCGCCUUCGCGUGUCAAGUUCAUGUCCUUUCCGCCGUCCUCCAGCCACACCGCGUGAGUGUCGCGCGCCACGCCGCUUGCCUUCUCGAAGCUGCCGCAGCGCUUUAGUCGCGAGUCCCGAGUCGCCGCGGGCGCGCAACCGGGCCAAGCCCUGGCGACAUGUCCGCCAUGCUCGCGCAAGCUGUCACCGGCUCCCUCAUGGGGCUUGCCAGGAGAGAAGAAGAGGACCCAGCCGGCUCGGACGCCCCGAAGCAGGAAAACAAUGCAUCAUGGGCCAUCUUCAUUCUCAUAAUGCUGCUUAUCGUAGCCUUCUGCACCAGCUACACGAUGCAGCAGCGGAAGAUUACGGCUAUCCACGAGACCGUCAUUUCCAUCUUUGCCGGCAUGACUGUCGGGUUAAUUCUGCGCGUCUCCGGCUUCGACUCGAUCCGUGAUCUCGUCAACUUCAACUACCAGUACUUCUUCAACCUCCUCCUGCCUCCAAUCAUCCUCUCGUCCGGCUACGAGCUUCACCAGGCAAACUUCUUCCGGAACAUCGGCACCAUCCUGACCUUCGCCUUCGCCGGCACAUUCAUCUCGGCCGUUGUCAUCGGCGUGCUGCUGUGGCUCUACACGGCCAUCUCGCUCGAGGGCCUCAACGUGACGUGGAUCGACGCCAUCUCGGUUGGUGCAACCCUGUCGGCCACGGACCCCGUCACGAUCCUGGCCAUUUUCAACACCUUCAAGGUCGACCCGAAGCUCUACACCGUCAUCUUCGGCGAGUCUAUCCUGAACGAUGCCGUUGCCAUCGUCAUCUUCGAGUCGGCCCAGAGUGCCGGCGGCAAAGGAGGCGGCAUCGGCAUCUGGAGCCUCCUCCACGGCAUCUGGUACUUCUUGUCCGAGUUCUUCGGCAGCCUGGCCAUUGGCGCCCUGGUGGGCGUCAUGACUGCCCUCGGGCUGAAGUACACCUACGUUAGACGGUAUCCGGGCAUCGAGAGUUGUCUGGUGGUUUUGAUCGCCUACGCGACCUAUUUCUUCGCUCAAGCCAUUGGGAUGUCCGGGAUCGUCGCGCUGCUGUUCUGCGGAAUCACGCUCAAACACUACGCCUACUUCAACAUGUCCCGCCGGACGCAGCUGACCACGAAAUAUAUCUUCCAAGUGCUUGCCCAGCUAUCCGAGAACUUUAUCUUUAUCUAUCUUGGCCUAGCCCUCUUCACCGAGAAAAACCUGGUGUACCAGCCGCUCCUGAUCAUUGUCACGGUCCUCGCAGUCUGCGCGGCCAGGUACCUGGCCGUCUUCCCCCUGUCCAAAGCGAUCAACUGGGUCAUCCGCUACCGCGCCCGCCGCCAGGGCCGCGAGGAAGCGGACGAGCUUCCCUUCAGCUAUCAAGCGAUGCUUUUCUGGGCCGGCCUGCGCGGUGCAGUCGGCGUCGCACUAUCCGCUCUCUUCACGGCCAAGGAAACCCAGGCGCUCCAGGCCACCGUGCUCGUCGUGGUCGUCCUAACAGUCAUCAUCUUCGGCGGGACCACGGCCCGCAUGCUCGAGAUUCUGGGCAUUCGGACGGGCGUGACCGAGGACAUUGACUCGGACGACGAGUUCGACAUCGAAGCCAUCGGCGGCGGCCUGUACAAGCGCUCCGACACCGCCAUCGGCUACAACCCGCGCGCCGGCCGCAACCGCGACUCCGUCCUGCCACUGGGCAGCGUGAACAACAACCUCGCAGCCAGCGCCCGAGGAGGGAACGGCUGUGCGACCAGCACCGACAGGAACGGCUGGGCGUCCGGACACCGGUCCCCAAACACGGCGCCGCUCCGACACGGCAGCAGAAGCCGCAGCCGCGCCGCCAAGGCGGGCAACAACGAUCUGGAGCGGUCCGAACUGCUUGGCGCGUCGGGCAGCAACACGGACUCGGACUUUGGCAGCGACAUCGACAUCUCGGACCUGCCGCCGCCCGCGCCGGUACCCCGGAGCAGGUCCAGCCCCUUGCUCUCUGCGGGCGGGGACGGCUCGGCGGCGGCGUACGAGGGCGGAUCCUCGAGCAGGCAGCAUGCGCCGGCGGCGGACGCGGCCGGCGGCCAACAGCAACACCACCAGCAACCGCUCACGGCGACGGCGGCGAUCCGGCAGCUUCUGAGCGCCGAGGAUCCGACGGCGCUGUUUCGGCAGCUGGAUGAGGACUUCAUCAAGCCGAAGCUGCUGCUCGAUGGGGGCAGCGGGCGCGGCGGCGGAGGCGGCGGUUCGGGGUCGCAUUGAGCUGACGGGCUGUAGGUGUAGUCUUUGCCUGUUUCCCUUUCUUCCGGCUGGGGUUGGUGCGGUGUACAUACCGGGGUAUCUAAAUGAAUGGGUGGGACGAUGCGAUGAUACUGGGCAUUAUUACCGGCGUUCAGGCGCCCGGGAUUAGAAGUGUUGGUGGUUGGGUCUGUUUUUUUCUCUCUCCUUUUUUCUUUCGCUUUUAUUUUUGGCGUGCGUACGAUAGCGUCAACG